AUGUCGUGGUAUGCUCUCGUCGUUAUCUUACUAUUAGUGGUGAGAAAUGGACAACCAGCAAAAACAAAAUUCAUACAUAAAAAUGAUGAUAUUCGUUCAAUUUCGAGCGGAACAUCGUUUGGAGAAUGUCUUGGCUAUUGUCGUCGAUCUAUUAAUAUGACAAAUGUUCCGCCUCAAUUAAUUGCAUUGAAAGAAUCUAAUGGAGAUCAAAUAAAAUAUCCAACUAUUCAACGGCAAUACCCUUUCGAUUUGAUUCAAUGGCAAAAACUUAUUGCUGUUUUCGAUACAGACAUAUUUCUAAAGUUAGAUGAUCGUAUAGGGUGUCCUGACUGUGCAGAUGGUGGUGCAGAAUGGAUUCAAGUUAACUGGUCAAAUAAAAGCAAACGUGUAACAUUUGAAUAUGGAAAAUCAGUUAAUGUUAUUGAAGAGCUUAUUAAAUAUUCGCGCGUACUCAGAGAGCAAUAUUUGAAAAAUUUGUGA